AUGGAGAGUCUCCAAACUUAUAAGGACACACCUUAUCCUGAGAGAGUUGUAGAGGUGGGCAGAGUGACUUUUGGAGAAGAAAACAGAAAGAAGAUGACCAACAUCAGUUUGAAAAGAACAGAGAACUCUAAAGUUACCCAAGCUAUCUGUGCACUGUUAAAUUCUGGAGGGGGUGUAGUCAAAGCGGAGAUUGGUGAUAAAGAGUACAGUUACCGAUGCCAUGGACUGGGACAGGACCUGGAAACGUCUUUUCAAAAGCUUCUACCUUCAGGCUCACAGAAAUACCUUGACUAUGUGCAGCAGCAACAUAAUCUCCUGAUUUUUGUGAAGUCAUGGAGCCCAGAUGUCUUCAGCCUCCCACUAAGGAUUUGCAGCCUGAAGUCCAAUUUGUUUCAGAGAGAUGUGACUUCCGCGAUCAACUUGAGCGCUUACAGUGCCCUGGAGCUUCUGAGAGAGAAGCAGUCCAGAGCUCAGCGAAGAAAACCAAGGGUGAAGGGGCUGUACUCCGAGAAAGCUCAUGAUGGAGACAUCCAAGAAGAAGAAGAUAUGAAGGCAUCUGCCUCAGAGCUCUUUAAAAAGGACAAACUCAUGUACAAAGAGAAACUCAACUUUACUGAAUCAACCCACGUGGAGUUAAAAAGGUUCAACACCAAAAAGGUCGUGCCUCGAAUGAAAGAAAUGUUGCCUCAUUAUGUGUCUGCAUUUGCCAACACUCAGGGGGGAUACCUAAUUAUUGGUGUGGAUGAUAAGAGCAAAGAAGUGUUUGGAUGUAAGAAGGAGAAAGUAAACCCUAGCUUAUUGAAAAAGGAAAUAGAAAACUGUAUACAAAAACUGCCUACAUUCCACUUCUGCAGUGAGAAGCCAAAAGUGAAUUUCACUACCAAAGUUUUGGCUGUGUACCAAAAAGAUGGUCUAUAUGGCUACGUGUGUGUGAUUCAAGUGGAGCCCUUCUGCUGUGUGGUGUUCGCAGAAGCCCCGGGUUCCUGGAUCAUGAAGAAUAAUUCUGUCACAAAACUGAAGGCUGAGGAGUGGGUGGCCCUGAUGCUGGACAUUCAGCCAGUUCCUUACAGUCUGGCUAUGAAAGACAGCUCUGACCUGAUUGCAGAAGCUUUAUCAACACGAAGAACCCCAGCAUAUCACAACAAAGUCCUGGAAUUUAAGGAGAUUCUGCAGCAGCAUUUCUUUCCAGUGGUUCAGGAGGGGAUACAGUUUAAACCAGAAUCCCUCUGCACGAAGUUAUUCUCAGCUCAUAAAGGACUGAAGGAAUUAAUGGAGAAACAGGUGUAUCCUUGUUCUCCAGGAAUGAUGAUACUCUCCAGAAGCUGGGCAGAUGACAUUGGCUUAAGAGCAGAGCAGAAGGUGCUGUGCGAUGCUCUUCUAAUAGCAGUUCACAGCCCCCCGGUACUCUAUACUGUCUUCACAGACUUGAGUUGGACUGAAGGACUUGAAUACGCCCGAAUCACUGCUCAUCAGUUAAAGCAGAAACUAGAAACCAUUGGUGGUUACACGGGGAGACUGUGCAUCAUUCCAAGGCUGGUGCACUUGCCCAGCAUGCAGUUUGCAUGCAACAAAACCCCCGUGUGCUACCCUCGAUCCUUCAGGCUUGCCAGUCAGGAUGAAGUGGAAGCCUUGCUGCAGGCCCUCGUGGCGGUCUCCUUGUGCUCUAGAUCGCUGCUCAGUGACCAACUGGGCUGUGACUUUUUCAACUUGCUCAUCGAGGAGCAGUGCGAGCUGCUUUCCAAGAGCCUACAGGAGACACGGGAGUUGUUUCUCUAUUGCUUUCCUGGAACCAGGAAAACCGCCCUCGCCAUAAAGAUUGUGGAGAAAAUAAAGAGCCUGUUCCACUGCAAGUCAAAAGAAAUCCUCUAUGUUUGUGAACAUGACUCCUUACGGGCAUUUGUGAACCAACAAACCACCUGCCAAGUGGUGACCCGGAAAAUGUUCCUGCAAGGAGAAUUUCUGAAGAUUAAACAUAUAGUGAUGGAUGAAACAGAGAAUUUCUGCAGUAAAAAGGGUGAUUGGUACACGAAGGCUAAGAACAUCACCCAUCCAAAGGUAAAGGGAGUUGGAAGUGAAAAGUUUCACCAUGGAAUUCUCUGGAUUUUUCUGGAUCCUUUCCAAGUCUAUAAUGCAGACAGUGGCCUUCCUCCUCCAUCAGCUCAGUUUCCUAGAAAAACAAUCACCAAGGGGAUCCAUUGUGCUUUGGAAAUUGCAAUGGCCAUGAAAGAAGAAAUGAAAAAAAUCAAAGAAAAUACUCCCUUCAACAUGUGUGCGGAUGCACUGUUCAAGGAGGAUGCCUAUGAGGAAACGGUAGACGCCCAGGCUCCACCAGGGGUGUGUGAGACAGAGACUAACAUGACCCGAGAACAAAUAGCAAACCAUGUGGCAGAAAGAUGUCACAGCCUGAUCCAGUGUGGCUAUCUGCCCAAGGAUAUAGCCAUUCUGUGCAAGAGAAAAGAGGAUAGACAACGCUAUGAACUCGUACUACAAAAUGCAGUGGGAUUAUUUGAGACCCAGGGAACAGCAGAAAUUGUGUUUAGCCAGGCUGCUGGUGCUGGGCAAAGUCACAUUGUUCUUGAUAGUAUUCAGAAUUUUUCAGGCUUGGAAAGAAAUAUUGUAUUCGGGAUUAGUCCGGAAUGUGCCCCAUCAGAGACGUUUCACAGGCUCUGCUUUGCCUCCAGAGCCAUUAGACAACUCUACUUGUUUUAUGAGAAAAGAGAAUAG